AUGGCCCGUUUAACUCAUUGUUUAUUGCUCGCCUUUGGCUCCCUCAUUUUGACUCUUGGUCGUGCACAGCAAGACCAACCUAAUGCUGUCAAUCCUAACGUUGCAGCUAAUCCUGCUGCUGCUGCUGCUGCCGGUAAUCCGCCUAUGGCAGAUGUUGUAAAAAAUAUGGUUGAUUAUAUGCGUGAAAAUCAUCAAGAGAUGACACCUGCCCUUCAAAGUUGGAUUCAGGAAAUGAAUGCAGUUGUUCAACAACAACAACAAGCAAUUCAUCAAGGUAAUAACGAUGCUAUUGUUAAAAAUGCUAUAACUCCACCGUCAAAUUCACCUGAUGCUCAUCCACAAGCUAAUGUUGUUCCUGAAAACCCUCAUAUUGUUAAUAAUGCUCUUACGCCUGUUCAAACUAUUCCUGCACAACCUGCACAACCUGCACAACCUGCUCCACCUGUUCCACCUGCUCCACCUGUUCCACCUGCUCCUCCUGCUCCCCCUGCUCCAACGAAUCCUCCUCAACCUCCUCCUCCUGCUGACACCCCACCAGCUCAACAACCUACACCUCCAGUACCUCCACCAGCUAUUCCCCCUUCUCCAGCUCCACCUGUAGCCUCACCCACAAAUACUGGAGCUGCUCCUGUUACGCCUGUUCAAACGGCUACUCCUACCGGUACUGUCGCUCCUACUGUUGUUGCAAGCAUGACAAGCACUCUUACUCAUCCUACAUCCAUGACAAUGUCUGUUACUCGUUCAGUCACUUCUUCCACUAUUAGUCCCACGUCGACAUUCCCUUCCAUUAGUGCUGCUGGCCCUAGUGAACGUUAUCCAUUGACUGGAAGUUUUCUGGCUCUAGUUACCGCCAUGAUGGUGACUACAGUUAUCUUUUUGGCGUGCCCUGACGAUCAAGAUAAGGUAAUCCAAUGGCUGAUCAAAAUAGUAUGGAUAGUACUGGUAGGCUUUCCAGUAACAUACAAGGACUUUCAAACUGUAAAAAGAGAUCCCUUAAACUGGGAGGAAAGGCCAUCAAUACCUAAAAAAUAUGCCAUUGUUUCCCAUCUUUAUCUUCAUUUAUUUACUAUUCAACAGCACUUAGAAGGACAUGCAAAUAGCCUGCUCGCGUGUGAUAACUAUGUUUUUAGUUCACAAAUACUUUUGGGCUUGAAACGACAGAUGUCAUUAGCCGAACUGCAUAGUGAAAGUUCCUCAUCAUAUCGAAUGAAGACAAUGCGAAUGAUAUGCUCGAAUACACAGAUUGAAACACUACAGCUCCCGACACUUAUGGCAUACAACGGUUCGUAA